AUGUCUUACAAUCCUCGAAUGAGUCUUGCGCCCAAUACUCAGCAACAAAACCGAGGGAAAAAGAAGGAUGACGAGAGCGACGCUUUCAUGCGCCUGCCCGACAAGGAAAUUGCCGGAUGUAUCAGUGAUAUAGGCGUCACAUUCUCCGUAGCGGACCUUCAGAAGCCAAACUCGCUACAGAUACAAAUGGUUUUUGAAUGCUUCGUGGAGGUUCUGAUGAAUGUCGAUCGCGAAACGGUGGACCCAGCUAUGCGCGCCGCGGCCGAAGAUGUGUGCGGAGAGUUCAUGGAAAUAUUUCCUGGAGACACUCGAAACCUGAUGGGAUUUUACAUCAGUUUGCGACGACUGCUUAUCGAGUGUGGAAUUGCGGAUUUCUCUUUCCAGGACCUUUAUAAGCCUACGCAUGACCGACUGGCGAAGAUCUUCUCAUACAUAAUCAAUUUCGUAAGAUUCCGGGAGAGUCAAGCGAAAGUCAUGGCCGAACAGUCCAACAAAGUUCAAGAUACGCGGAACAGGAUAGAGACUUUGUAUAUGGAGAACCAAGAAAUGGAUGCGCGGUUAGAGGACAUGAAGAGAAAUCGGAAAGCGAUGGAAGCGCAUGUUGCGAGCAAAGUCAAGCGAAACGAGGAACUGAAGAAAAGGCUAUUAGAUCUUCGCCAGGGGCAGGAGAAAGUCACAAGGCGAUUCGAAAACGUUAAGACCAAGAAAGGGGAGAUGACUGCCAUUCUCGAGGAUAAAACCGCUGCGACGAUUACGUUACGACAAGAGAGUUCGAAAUUACGGCCCUACGUUCUACAAUCUCCCGCUGCGUUACAAGCAUCUCUGACCGAAUUGAGCAAUGCGCUGAAUGCGGAGAAAUCCCAGAUUGAUGCACUGGACCGAAGAGCUCGAGGGCUGCAGACAUCCACCGAUACAUUCCAGGUCGUUUCUUCGGAUGUAGCGUCGUGUAUCAAACUUCUCGAAGAUAUCUCGGCUGAGUUGGAUAAAGAAUCCGAAGAGAACGUAAGGAUUGCGAAGCAACGAGAAGCAUUAGGCGAUAGAUCGAACAAUGUACGGGAAGUGGAGAGGACUGAAGGACUGCUGCAGAGGCAACUCUCAAAAUGGCUAGAGCGGACGGAGAAAUUACGAGACGGUAGCAAAGAGAAAGCUAUGACAGCGAAAGAACGAAUGGAAGAGCUUCGUGCUGUGCAUCGCAAGUUGACUGAUGACAAAUCUGAAAAAAGUAGAGAAAUGGAAAGAAGAAGAGUGAGAAUAGAGCAAACAGAGAAGAAGAUGGCCGAUUUGAAGGAAAAUAUUGAGAACGAAGUACAUAGCGCCCAAGAUGAGUUUAUGAAGAUGGACUCUCAUAUCAGGCUGUAUAUGACUGAGAUGGAGAAGGGGGGAAUUAUUGCUUAA